AUGCUUGGGCGAAAAAUAGCCAAAUCUGUUAACAAAAACUCUGUAUUCCUUGCUCAUGAGCUAUGGCAAUAUUCAGGAAAUUCAUACAGACGAAUAAGUCAGUUACCUGAACACAUUGUAGAAGACCUUAGUGAUGGAAGUGGAAUUCCUGAACUGAUUGCCGAGCUUGAUCACUUCAGCGUCCGCUUAGACGCUGAAGAUGACCUCUGUUGGGAAAAUCUCAAGACCCUGCUUGGGAACUUGAUGAACUUUGAACCCAGGAGAAGCCAAGAUGAGGCCUCCCUGGAUGAAGAACAGAACAAGUACGCCACACAGUUUUACGAACAUGGCGGAGUGGAGGUACUUCUCCGUAUCCUCAUGUUUAACACUGUCUUCCCUAAGGUUGGGAGGAAAGUCAAAGUUGGAUUCCCAGAAUCGGAGCUGUUGCUGAGGGUAAAAAGUCUGGUACUAGAGAUCCUCACCAAGGUUACCACAACGUGUAUCGGCGACAAGGUCACUGCCCAGCUGAUGGCGAGUGAUGACGUACUCAAUUAUGUGUUCACUCUGCUGGCUCACCAGAAAACCUUCAUCAACUCGUGUCAACUGGUGGAGGACAUGCUUCAAUCACGCAGGGAGGUCCUCGACCUUCACAGAAUCCACAACCUGCGGGGCCUGAUCAGCACCCUUGAGGAUCACCAGCUGGCUAACUUCUGUAGGAUCCUGGCUGUGGCUAUAUCUGACCUUGACAUCUACGAAAACAAAUCUUCCUUGUUUCAACAAAAUAAACAGAAAAGAAGUCGAGGCUUUGUGAAUAUACGAGACAUCAACCAAGAACUGUUGCUUGCGAUACCAGACCUUCUACCAAGACUGGUGAACUUAGCUGUGGCAAAAGAUUACACCCCACGGUAUCGUGGUAUGGUUAGUGAGCUCGACUGUUGGAUGGAAUGGAUAGAAAACCAGAUGGCGGAGGAAAUGUAUGACACGCCAGCAAUGGACGACCUGGAGGACUUCAUCGGAGGUAUCUCAGAGCCAACGUCUGCUGGCGGCCCAAUGAAUGUACAACAAGGUCUAAAGAUCACGGAGGAGUUAGUACAACGAGUAGAGGUUGUGUAUGUCCUGGGUCUCUUCCUACUCGGCAAACACCGUAAAAAGGUACAAAGAAAGCUUGCAGAACUGAAGUUAGCACCAGGUCUUAGUGAACUGUUUGACCAAUUUAUCUGGAAAUGUCAAGUCAGACACAGUACUCGGCAUAGAUUACGAGGUCACAAUGCAGCCUGUGAAUGUAGUCCGGAGGUGGCACUGAAAAUUCAGUUUUUGAGACUUGUACACAGCUUCUGUGAUCACUCAGAUUACAAGCAUCUUCUGUUAUCAAAGAACGAACUCAAUGAAGUGAAGAGAAUUAAUUUGAAAGCUGGUUCUUUGGCGUUAGGUAGCUUAGAAAAUGUUAAUCGACAAUUGAUGUGUAAAGGAAGUAAAGGUCUGUUGACAAAGAUUGUUGAAGUGAUGAAGAAGGAACCGACAACCUCCACAUUCAGGUUCUGGCUGGCCAGGGCAGUGGAGAGCUACCUACGAGGAAACACGUCUUACUGUGAUCAAGUCUUUUUAAUGCGCCGAGGACUGCUGCAGCAUGUAGCAAGCAAUAUCGUGGAACACGAGAUCAGACACAAAGAAAUCCUACAGAGCAGCUUCGACCUGCUGGGAGAACUCAUCAAGUUCAACAUCGAGGCCUUCAAGACGUUUGAAGAAAUCCUCACAACACAGGCAAAGUUUGAGAAAUUCAUCAACACGGUAAAUAGGAAUCUUGUGGACUCCAACAUGUUCAUCAGGAGUCUGGUGUUGUCUCUGGAGCACCUCACAGAGGAAGACACCACAUACAGAGAAUAUGCCAAAAAGGACAACAAAUUACUGAUGUAUAUUGGCGACUUCAGUAAACAGCUCGACUACCUCUACAAACUAAUCAAGAUUAUUAACGUAGAUAAUCUCACACAGGAAAACGUAAGCUGCCUGAACACCACCUUGGUCUUUCUUAUGUUUGCAAAUCGUAAGGGCCAGCUCCCUAAGUACCUGCAGGCACUACGGGAUGAGAAAGAGGAUCUGAUGGAUGUCAGUGGGUCAGCAAAUCUCCUACGCAAUUUCAGGGAUCUAUUGACGUUUUGGCAAGACCAUUAUCUUCACAAAGACAAGGAUUGUAGUGCUCUAGAAAAGAGUUCACGCAUCAGCUUCGAGUACUGGAAGCAGACGGUGUCUGUGCUAGUGUGUGACGAUAAGGACGACAAGGCGGGAAUCCUCCAUUACGUGUCUCCUAUGCCCUGUGAUCGACCCAAUUGAACCCGUCUUCCACUCACAUAAACUAUGGGCUUGUGCCUACAGGCAGUGCUAUUCCGCAGUCGCUACAAAGUCUUGUUUCAGUUUGUACAGCUGUCAAUCAUGGUGUCUAUUUAAGUUCUACAUUGACUACAUAGCAUGCUGUGCUCUGCCGUUAAUUUCGUUACGUUGUUGGUUAGUGUGGACGCGCAAGCCUUGGAUGAUGGUCUCAUGCGGCUGGUUGGUCAUGCGUUCUGGAACUGGUUGUCAUGGUGAUCAGUCCUGCAUGCUUGGAUAUUGGGACUUCUGCCGUGGAAGUCCAUUGGCCACAGUUCAGUCGAGUACCAAGGGAGACAGAUUCACUCGACUGUGACUUGGUCAUUGCCUCGCACUCCUUGCAAGCUGGACCCUGUAUAGAGGCAAACGACGGCAAACGACUUGUGCCACUUUUCUGACGAGAAAGUGCGACUUCUGCUGGACUGCUUCGGCGCUCUGCAGCGGGGUUAAAAAUUUCAUGUGUUGUACACCAUUGUGAUGUCUCAAUUUUACCUCCCAUGACAUGGACCGAAUUUGUUUUGCGGUUGGUGAGAUUUUGACAAAGGACACCUACACCCUGGCUAUUGUUUUAACCAGAUGUGUUCCAAUUAUCAUCUCUCGAUGAUACAAAUCUAUUAUUCAUGAGUGUUGAAAUAUAGACAUAGUCAUAAAUUUAGUUUUUUCGCGAAUAUGCGUAAUACCGUUUGUUGUUGAUCAACAUUGCUGGACAGAGGAUUUAAUGAUUAAACAGUAUUUUUGAUCGACAAAAAUUGAAAAUCGAAAAACUUAUGUCAUACGAUUUCUGGUGGAGGAAGGAGUCUCCAGCCGAAGCUUUUAAGAAUUGCAUGGACAAAUUGUGUUAUAUAUAUAUAUAUUGAGUGUAAUGGAUGCAUGUGUGUUUUUUCAGAUUCAGCAUGUGUACACGAGAGGUGUGUAAUUGUGUUGUAAGUUGUAAAUAUAGACUUUCUCUGAGGCAGACCUUUACCUUAAAACUUCGGCGCGAGAGUUCACUUCUUAGUAUUGGGCAGAGGUUGUUUUCCUUGGUAGUAAUACAGGACUAGACAGUAAGGGUAGCCUGAUAGUCCGAGACUUGUGAAAUAUCCAACUGGGCCAGUGGUUCUAAAAACUGCUGGCCCAACUGACUAGUCAAAAUCUUAUAUAACCUAUCAUGUUGAAUAAUAUUGGGUAUUAAAGCAGAAUUUGCAUGUGGACAUAAAAAUUUAAACUACAAGUCCAGCUAACCAGUGGUUUAUGAAAUUAAUUUCUAGCCCUAAGUCUAUGAUAAUGUUUAUGUAAGCGUACACUACUUAUUUGCAGCUAAAAAAAAAAUCUUUUGUUUUUUCGGUGUUGCAUAUUAUCUAUGCAAAUAUCUUGGGUAAAAAAUAGCCAAUUUUGAUAAAUGCUUCAGGGGAAUCAAUUCAACUGGUUGCAACAAAAAAGUCUUCAGAAUGUCAAUAAUUUGAAUAAAUUAACUAUAUUUCUCUUUGAAAACUCUGAAGUUAAUCUGAUUAGAACAUGUAAUAUUGAUAGAAAUAUUGUUUACUGGUUGCAGUUGAUCAAGAUCUAUUUCCACCAAAAUUCUUUUUUGUCUGUUCUUCACAUGAUUGUGCAAACUUUUUUUAGUUCGGCUUUGUGUGAGUGUGCCUUUUAGAAGUAAACUCAAAUUUGAAUGAAAAAACGUUUAAAAUUUGCUGAUUCAUGAUACAGUUUAACCGACUUAUUAUAAUAUUAGAUAUUAGGGAAUAAUAACCUGCUUAUUAUAAUAUUUGUUCCAACAUUUAAUAGGAUUUUAUUUUAUUUUUCAAUAAAAUAAUACCACUCAUUAAAAUAUGCGCAUAUUUACCUAUCAUGUAUAUUUAAGCUUAAUUUUCACAAUCGUGU